AUGUUGACUUUAUUUAACUGGUUAGAACAAGCUACUGAAAACGAAAAGAUUAAAUUCAUUAAAUUCAAUGAUUUGGAUUUUGAUGCUAGAAAUCGUAAAAAAAAGGAGAAUCCUUCAUAUUCUAGUGUUAGUGUUCCAUUGAAAAGUAUGCCGGGUUUAGAAAUUACAUAUCACUUUUUGAACAACUUUUACGAUCUAAAAAUUACUGAUAAAGAAAUGGAAACUCUGUUUGUUAAGGUAA